AUGCGCCUUCUAAUAAUCCGAGCCACUGAUCGCGUCGGCAGCCUGGUUGUUGAGGAAUCCUUGAGCCGAGGCCACACCGUUACCUCAAGGCAUCCCCGUCAAGCCACCGUAAGCACUGACAUACAGACGCCGACAUCCCAAGGAACUCCAUUGGACGAAGCUGCCAUCGGCUCCGUAUUCAAAGAACCACUCAUAGUAGUCAUCACAAGCCUCGGCCACAAUCGCACCGGCUCCAGUCCGCACUGCAUGGCCGAUUCCCACACCAAUAUCCUAGCCGCGAUGCGCGCCCGCGGCAUCCGCCGAGUCGUGCUUCCAGCACUUGGCGUCGGCAGAUCGAAGCCGAAUUUGUUCGUGCUAGAGGGUGGACGAUCAAGUACGCAAGCAUGGCGGGGUGUUUUGCCGAUCAUGAUCUUGUGA